GCGCUCCAGCGAGGCAGUCAGCAACUGAGAUUUACGCAGAACCGCGUCUUAACUAAAUAACAGAUCUUUGUUGACUAGGAGAGGAAAAAACACAACAGCCUGACGUGAUUUGUCAGUGCAGAAGUGAUCUUUUGGUCGUCAUCCCUCACAGUCCUUUGCUGCAGUCACCUUUGCAGGAAAAAGUUAUGGAUGUUGUGUGUCUGAUCAUGUGCUUGGCGCUGACCGCUGGUGCGUGGAUCGCCUCCGCGGAGAGACACAGCGUAUACUGGAACAGCUCCAACGCAAACUUCCUGUGGGACGACUACACAGUGGAGGUGCACAUCAACGACUACCUGGACAUCAUCUGUCCUCACUACACCCACGGAGAGGUGCCGUCCCAUCAGGCCGAGCGCUACGUCCUGUACAUGGUGGAGAAGGAAGACUAUGAUGUGUGCAAACCUCACUCCUUCGAUCAGCUCCGCUGGGAGUGCUCGCGGCCCUUUGCCCCACACGUUCCAGAGAAAUUCUCCGAAAAAUUCCAGCGCUUUACACCCUUCACCCUGGGAAAGGAGUUUAGACAGGGAGAGAGCUACUACUAUAUCUCUAAGCCAAUGCAUCACCACGGCGCAGAUUGCCUGAAGCUCAGAGUGGAUGUAGUUGGACGCAAGGGCUUUUCAAAGACUUCCCUGGAAAAGUCCAAGGCAGACAAGACAGACAAAAGCUUAGAUGAAGAAAAUAUAAAAUUUUCUGCAGUUGGAGGGGUUCACAACCCUUCCAACCAACUCCCAGCAGAUGAUCCUGCUGCGAUGGAGCCAAAAGUUCAGAGGAGCAUUGGCAGCUCUGCAGCACAGCUCGUCUCCUUGUCGCUUUUCUUUACCAUGAUCCCAGUUUUAUUUGCCCCAGUUCUACACUGAGGUGCACAAAGACUUUAAAAACAGACUUUUCCAAUCCAAUGCUGGUCAUUGGAAACGAUCACUCCGUUUUUUUUUUUUGUUUUUUUUAUUGGAACUUUUUUAUACAAGCAUGGAAGGUGUGGUGUCAGUGUGUGUUUGACGUGUUUGUUCGAGUGAGUGUGGAGCGUGGAUCACUCCAAAAGAAAAAAAGGACCCCAGAGACAUUUUGCUACCCACUUUCCUUUGAGGAUGGAAAUUCUCAGUUCUAAACAGUGAAGAUCAACAUUUCUUUUCAGCCAUUACUAACAAAGACUACAGGCAAAGCGAUUUGGACUUAAGUUGAAACUAAUGGAAGACUUUUGUCAUCAUGCCAUGUUUUCCUGUGUUCUUAUUGGUACAGCAGUGCUUUGUGUCUUAGCAAAUGUUCCCUCAUUUUGCUUCUUCUACAUGUAGAGAAGUUAUUGGUUUGUGUAAUGUUUUUGGCAGUUGUCACAGUAGCAUUAAUAUUGUAGGAUCCUGGUCAUGUUGUGUAGCACUCAGCUCCUGGUUAUAACUCCUCAACUUUUUCAAUUUAGAAAACAUUGGUAAUUUAAACUUUUGUUUUGAGAAAUCAAGCUUUAAUAAGACUAAGAAAGUGAAAUUUUAUAUUUGUUUGUUUCUGUGUACAUUAAAGAACUCAGAUACUGAGAUUGUUCAAAUGUUUACAUUUUGUUUCAGAAUAAAAGCUAAUUAUACUUUCUGACAAUUUUGCAUCACUUGUUAGAGAACAUUGUGAAUAAAUUUGCAACCAAUAGGAGUUUCAGGAGCUGAGCUUCAUCUGUACUGUUUUUUUCUCCUCAUUUAAAUGCAGUCUUGAUUAUGUCAUGGUACACUGGCCCGAUCAUCAGAACCUCAUUAUAAACUGGGCUUCCCAGAAUGCAUUUGUUUUCUUUGCUUUGGUCCAUUUGUUAAAUGUUAAUAUGUAAAUUUGUACAUAAAAAAGUUAUACGAAAGUGUUUUGAAAUGUGAAAAAUUUCUGAUAAAAUAAAAAAGAAUAU